GGCUCCUCCCCUCCGCGGCAGCCCUGCCCAGGGGGCGGCCGGCGGGUUCUACCUGCGGGUGGCGGUCUGCGUUCCGCCCGUGCUCCUCGGCGGCCGCAGCCACAGCGCGGCCCGCGGGUGUGCGUAGAGGUACUCGCUCACCGGCGGCGCUGUAUCCCAGGGAGGGAGGAACAACCUCACUUCACCCAUCUCAGAUCUGUUUUAUAGGGUAAAAAUGAACGUAGGCGUUGCCCACAGCGAGGUAAAUCCAAACACGCGGGUGAUGAACAGUCGUGGAAUGUGGCUGACGUACGCACUCGGAGUUGGCCUGCUGCACAUUGUCUUGCUCAGCAUUCCUUUCUUUAGCGUGCCUGUCGCCUGGACUUUAACAAAUGUGAUUCACAACCUGGGAAUGUAUGUGUUUUUGCAUGCAGUAAAGGGAACUCCUUUUGAAACACCGGAUCAGGGGAAAGCUAGGCUACUAACACACUGGGAACAACUGGAUUAUGGAGUACAAUUUACAUCUUCAAGAAAAUUCUUCACAAUCUCUCCUAUAAUUCUGUACUUCCUGGCAAGUUUCUACACAAAGUACGAUCCAACACACUUCAUCCUCAACACAACCUCCCUCCUGACCGUGCUCAUCCCCAAGCUGCCACAGUUGCAUGGCGUUCGAAUCUUUGGCAUCAAUAAAUACUAAGCGGAAGGUUUGACACUCACUGCCCCUGACACGGCUACUGCUGCUCCCUGGGAGAAGGAAUUGAGUAGUCUGCUGUGCCUAGUGUCUAAUUGUAUUCAGUGAAAGAUGCUUUUACAGCUGAGAUACAGUUCCUACAGCCGGCAGCAUUGUCUGGAAUGAAAGUUGAGUUUGUAAGAACAUGCUUUCAAACACCUAAAUGUGAAUUGGAAACCUUUAGAAGAAAGAUUUCCAUGAAGAGCUGGGCAGGCCCAGCUCUAAAGUGUAAUCCCCGCUGAGACUGUAUGUAUGCCUGUGUGAUGCAAGUGACCUGUAAGGAAGUAACAGCGAGUAUCAGCUGAAAAUAGAGAGCAGUGUUUCACAAACACCCAGUCAACAUAAUGCAAAUGGUAACUUUACGUGUAAAUCCAGGAUCCUCCAUGCAAGGACUGGUGAGGCUGUAGUCCUAGAUUGAGUGAGAGUACCUGGUUUCUGCUGUAUGCAUUGUAGGUGGUUGUACUUGUUCCUGCAUUGUAAAGGUUUGUCUAGCAGUACGUACUGUGACAGACAGCAUAAACUGAUGGGAUCAGUCAUGCCUUACCUGUUCUUGUGCUUGUUCUUUUGUCAUAAUGACCGAAGAAAGUCCUUAAAUGUCAGCUCAGGGGAUUUCUACAUCAACUCAAUUGCUCAGUUUAUGUACACUUUUACAAGUUGCCACUGUUGUGUUGAUUUUGUUUGCUUGCCAGGAUACUGACUUAAGUGGGACAUCCUGAGAACUGAAAUUUCUUUUACGGUGUGGAUUUUUGACUGUUUUCUGACUAAUGGGUUAUUUUUCAGUAGCUGAGACGUGUGAUGGUGGGGGAAAGGGUUGCUGUGGCUGGUGGAGGAGAAGCAACUCCAUUAUAGAGCAACCAGGUCGGAACACAGAAGAUAAACUCUGUAGGUCCUAAGUUAGAAUAGAAGCCAAAGUAGAAGUAGGUGAAUAGGCAAAUCACAUGGACUAACUGUAUGAUUUUGCAGAAAAAGUUAUAGAUAAUUUGCAUGUCUUGGAAAUGUGGAGGAUGCCAUGUUAGUGUAUGGAGUAAUCUUGUGUUUAAUCAACUCCGGAACUAGAGUGAAGGAGGUACAUGUAGAGCUUUGAGCACUUAAUUUCUCUGUCUUGAAAAAAGGAUGACUUUUGAAAUCUGCCAGCCAAAACGGCUCAGAUUUGACAGAGGGCUCUAUUUAAGACUUCAUUUACAUUUGGGUUGCAGUGACAGCCAGUGAGCUGGAAAAAAGUUAAAAAUAAAUUAAAAGCCCCCAGUGGCAUACUUCUGUUCUUGCAAA